CCUGGCUGGCAGCUUGGAGGCCGCACGAUGCCUGGAGUUACGGUAAAAGACGUGAACCAGCGGGAGUUCGUCAGAGCUCUGGCAGCCUUCCUCAAAAAGUCCGGGAAGCUGCAAGUCCCUGCAUGGGUGGACACUGUCAAGCUGGCCAAGCACAAAGAGCUCGCUCCCUACGAUGAGAACUGGUUCUACACACGAGCUGCCUGCCCAGCACGGCACCUGUACCUCCGGGGCGGCGCUGGGGUUGGUUCCAUGACCAAGAUCUAUGGGGGGCAUCAGAGAAAUGGAGUCACGCCCAGCCACUUCAGCAGAGGCUCCAAGAGCGUGGCCCGUCGGGUCCUCCAAGCCCUGGAGGGGCUGAAAAUGGUGGAAAAGGACCAAGAUGGGGGCCACAAACUAACACCUCAGGGACAGAGAGAUCUGGACAGAAUCGCUGGACAGGGGGCAGCUGCCAACAAGCAGCAUUAG